UAGUCACAAUAUCGCGGCGAGGCGAGCAUCUUCCAUUACUUAUUGAAGAGCAGCGCGUAGAUUGCUCAACCCUGUGUUGGAUUUAUCAAUUAAUUUCUUCAAUGAUUAGAAGGAAAGUGGGUGCAGACGGCAGCGAGGGAGUUGGCAGCGCGACAUUGCAACAAAAAUCAAAAUUCAAAGUGAAAAUGGCACCAAUUAGUGAAAAAAGGUCACAGCCUCCAAAUGCGAACCACGUCAAAGAGAAUGGGCACACAAGUCAAGGCCAUGGUCAUACGCAUCUUCACACUCACGCGAAGGAGAACGCUAGCAGCAAUGCGUCCGGAAAAAGUGCUGGUGUGAAAAGUAAAGGCUUGGAGAUAUUAGAUUUUCAUGAAUCAUGGCUGGAAGAAGUCGAACUGUAUAAGGAUAAAUUGUAUGUGCAAAAGAAUCUUUUACUAUCAUCGCAUAAUCAUGCUCAUACACCGCAUGGCUGCCAAAUCGAUGCACCUAGCCAUUAUAUUAGUGUGAAUAAUCAGUAUGUGGUUAAUGCAACAGCAACACACGGUGGCCAUAUGCCAAAUGAGCACAGUAGUAAUAACAAUAAUUAUAGUAUUAUGAAUGGCACGAUUGUAAAAAGAAGAGGUGGUAGUGGUGGCACCUCAGUGACGGGAUGCACAGUAGAUCCAUCGAUAAUUAGCAAUGCCUCACAUAACAAGUCAAAUCGGAUUAGUAUACGCAGCAACACUGCCGCACCCUUGACGUCCCACGUCGACUCGACCAUACCAAUGACUGGUGUGCAGUUGCUUUUAAAGCGACCCCGUGAUGAACCGGUUGGAGCGCCAAAAUCUGUUGUACAUAACUCCAAACGCCAUUCCCAUCCUCACCCGCCGCAUACGCAAUCGAAUACCAGUCCACGCCGUUCAGCAUCACCAGCCAAAAGACUUGGCGGCGGCGGUGGUGGUGGUGUUGGUACUAGCGUAGGAGGUGCCGUUGCUGGUGCUGGUAUUGGCAGUGUCGCCUCCGCUGCUGUCAAUGGCGUAACUACUACCAUUAAUGCGAACGAUAAGUCCUCCUUCAUGCCAACAUCCCAGAAAGCGUUAAGUAAAAUCAUUGUGAAUCAGUUCCACGCUAGUAGCCUGCUUAAUGAUAAUGAUAAAAAAUCGGAGCUGCUUACGCAAAAUGGCCUAAACAAGACGGCUGCAACCGCUUAUGAGACUAGCGUAUAUGCCUCACAGUAUAUGCCGCUCGAUAAUCGCACUUACCAUAAUCGUCAUCCAAUUGUGGAUAAUUCUACUUAUGUGGGCGUUUCUUUAGCUAAAGGUGGCGAUGGUGAUCGCGCAAAGCGCAGCAGUACACCCGAGGAUGAUCCAUGUGCAGCAAUCGAUGUUAUCAAUGAUUAUUCAGAUAGUGAUUCGGAUGAAGAAUAUACUGGAUUUCCAUUCUACCUAGCCAACGAUUUAAAUGAGAUACACCAAAGUCAACAUAUACGCUUUCAGCGUGAACGACAAUCUAACGAUAGCACCGAAGAUAGUGAAGCCGAUACCGAAGCGAGUAAAUAUUUCAAACCGAAAUGUAUAUUAUCGCCAAGCAUAUUUCCCAAUGUUCCGCCUUAUUUGAACUUCUCAUCGCAUGCCGAGAAAGGGCCACAAGUGCCACCAGCACUGCAUCGUGUGCUGAAGUGGAAACUAAGCCCAGUAAUGCCGAAAAUUGUGAAACGCGUGGUACUUAACUCAGGUUUUCGUAUUAUAAAAAACACCACCGAUUGGAUGGCCAUUUGGGAGAAGCAUAUGAAAAGUCCAGGUUUUCGCACAAUACGCUCGCAUCAAAAAUACAAUCAUAUGCCGGGUUCUUUUAGAAUCGGCCGCAAGGAUAGUAUGUGGCGCAGCAUACACAACAAUAUGAAGAGAUUUGGAAAAAAAGAAUUUGGUUUCAUGCAAAAAUCGUAUGUUAUGCCUGAUGAUUUGGAAAGCUUACGCCAAGUUUGGCCCAAAAAUGCUUCGAUGCUAACAAAAUGGAUUGUGAAACCGCCAGCAAGCGCACGCGGUACUGGCAUACGUAUUGUAAAUAAAUGGAGCCAAUUUCCAAAGGAUCGACCACUGGUAGUGCAGAAAUAUAUUGAGCGUCCACUACUUAUCAACGAUAGUAAAUUUGAUAUGCGUAUAUAUGUGCUAGUUACAUCGAUAAAUCCUUUGCGUAUCUAUAUGUACAAAGAUGGUUUGGCGCGUUUUGCAUCAGUUAAAUACAGUUCGGAGCUCACUAGUCUCGAUGAUCGUUGCAUGCAUCUCACCAAUUAUAGUAUAAAUAAAUUCUCACAAAACUAUUCGAAAAAUGAGGAUUUUAAUGCUUGUCAAGGCCAUAAAUGGACGUUGCAAUCGCUGUGGUCAUGCCUAGAAACGCGCGGUGUAAAUACAAAACGUCUAUGGGCGACGCUGCGCAAUUUGGUGAUCAAAGCAAUCGUUAGCGGAGAAUCAGGACUGAAUCGCAUGUAUCGACAAAAUGUUAAUUUUCGUUAUAAUUGUUUUGAGUUGUUUGGUUUCGAUGUGUUGCUGGACGAGAAUCUUGUACCAUGGUUGUUGGAAAUAAAUAUAUCACCCUCCUUACACUCAGAGCUGCCGUUGGAUUUGCAUGUGAAAGGACCACUCUUACAAGCCGUUAUGAAUACAGCGCUCUAUCAGGUGCCACCAAAACUUAAUGAAAAACAACAAAAAGAAAUAUUACAUGAAUUGAACCUACAAGGUCCUCUCUGUCAUGAUAAGCGUAUAUUCACCACAUGUCUCACUGCCGAAGAAGUGCGAAAACACAAUCAGUUCACCAAUCGUACAAUUGAAUUUCGUGAGGAAUAUCUCGAUUCCAUACUCGAUAAUCUACUGCCAGACGAUAUACGCUGCCUAAUCAUCACCGAGGAUGAGUAUGCGCGUUGUGCGCCACUUGAACGCAUCUUUCCAACAGCCGAUACGCACACCUACCUUAAGUUUAUCGAUAAUCCACGUUAUUAUAAUCGGCUGUUAGAUGCGUGGGAAACACGUUAUGGCAAUUUCCGUGAACAGGGUAUUGCAUUACUGAAGGGCUACUGCGUUGAUGGUUACCAUUUAAAUGUGUCGGAUGCGGCUUUAGAAAAGGAACCUGAUGUGGCUUUAACCGAAAUUGAUAUGUUGCAUCAGAAGAAGAGCGACGAUCAAGUUACACUUGUACCCGAUGGUGCGCAUGCGGAUAGCGCUUUAGCUUCAAAAGCGGGCACACCUGACUCAACCGCGGAUGUUUCCGUGCGUUCGCAACGCUAAAUAGCCGCAUGCUCAGUGGCAUGUCGUUGAUGGUGACUGCCAAACACCACUUUGGUUGUAUUGGCAGUGAGCGCAAGGCUGCUGUGAGAGUAAGGAACUAAGACUGAACUUAGCUAUCCAACAAACAAAACAACCUAAAUGAAAAGUAUGAACACAAGAAACGCAACAAAAGCAACCAUAAAUUUAUGAUUUAAUCGAUGAAUGAUGAUCAAGCUAACAAAUUGAAGUCAUUGAAAUUUAGUAAAUUUUUUUUUGGAAAAUGUCUUAGGAAACAACGCGCUUUAUUAAGUACUACAACAAUACAACUUACCUUUAACGACACAAAAAAAAAANACCAAAAAAAAAACCUAAAAAAGAAAGAGUCGAAACGAGCAGAAGGUAAGCACGAAUUUAUUAUAGAGCAUUGUGUGCAUGUAUGUAUGUAUUUAA